UGCUGCAUGUGUGCUUUUCAGAGCAGUAGUGUGAGGAAGCUGGCAGUGGAAUGGCAGGACGGCCUCAUCCUUAUGACAGUAACUCCAGUGAUCCAGAGAAUUGGGAUCGGAAAUUGCAUAAUAGACCUCGUAAACUUUGUAAACAUUCAAGCACCUCAUCCCGUGUUGCUAAAGGAAUAGACUACACCAAAAUGAGCCUCUAUGGUGCAAGUGGCGGACACGAGAGAUCGAGGGACAGGCGCAGAUCGAGUGACAGGUCUCGUGACUCGUCCCAUGAAAGAGCAGAAUCUCAGCUCACUCCAUGCAUCAGGAAUGUCACUUCACCAACAAGGCAGUAUCACUCUGAUCGUGAGAAGGAUCACAGUUCAUCCCGGCCCAGCAGCCCCCGGCCCCAGAAGACAUCCCCCAAUGGUUCAGUUGUCAGCAUGGGCACCAGCAGCAGGAACAGCAGCCAGUCCAGCUCAGAUGGCAGCUGCAAGGCUGGUGGGGAAAUGGUUUUUGUGUAUGAAAAUGGCAAAGAGGGAGCUCGGAACGUCAGAACUUCCGAGCGAGUGACGCUCAUCGUGGACAACACCAGAUUUGUUGUAGAUCCCUCCAUCUUCACUGCACAACCUAACACAAUGUUGGGCAGGAUGUUUGGAUCAGGCAGAGAACACAACUUUACACGACCCAAUGAGAAAGGAGAGUAUGAAGUUGCUGAAGGAAUUGGCUCCACUGUGUUUCGUGCUAUUCUGGAUUACUACAAGACUGGGGUAAUACGCUGUCCUGAUGGGAUAUCUAUUCCUGAGCUGAGAGAAGCAUGUGACUAUCUCUGUAUCUCCUUUGAGUAUAGUACUAUAAAAUGCAGAGAUCUGAGUGCUCUCAUGCACGAAUUGUCAAAUGAUGGUGCUCGCAAGCAAUUUGAGUUUUACCUGGAAGAAAUGAUUCUGCCAUUAAUGGUAGCCAGUGCCCAGAGUGGGGAGAGGGAGUGCCACAUCGUUGUGCUGACAGAUGAUGAUGUUGUUGACUGGGAUGAAGAGUAUCCCCCCCAAAUGGGAGAGGAGUAUUCGCAAAUUAUUUACAGCACAAAGUUGUACAGGUUCUUCAAAUACAUUGAAAAUAGAGAUGUGGCCAAAUCGGUUCUGAAGGAAAGGGGGCUCAAGAAGAUCCGACUGGGCAUCGAAGGUUACCCCACGUACAAGGAGAAGGUGAAGAAGCGGCCGGGCGGCAGGCCGGAGGUGAUCUAUAACUACGUGCAGCGGCCGUUCAUCCGCAUGUCCUGGGAGAAGGAGGAGGGCAAGAGCCGGCACGUGGACUUCCAGUGCGUGAAGAGCAAAUCCAUCACGAACCUGGCGGCGGCAGCAGCGGACAUCCCGCAGGACCAGCUGGUGGUGAUGCACCCCACGCCGCAGGUGGACGAGCUGGACAUCCUGCCCAUGCACCCGGCCCCCAGCAGCAGCGAGCUGGAGGCCGAGGGCCAGAACCCCCCGCUCUGAUCGCGCUGCCCACCACAAGCAUGCUCCCUCCGUGACUGUACUCAGCUCAUGCCACCCUGCGAUGCCAGUUUCUCCAUUGUGUCCCGGUGUUUAGGAUGUUGCAGCGGGGGGCUGGCGGGGCCCCGGGGGUGCCUGGCUGCUCUGGGAGGAGCGCGGCUCCGGCGCUGGGCUCGGUGACGUUCGUGUCUGUGUUUACCAUAGCUGUGUGACGUUGGUGACUCGUGAGCUGGCCUGGCCCCGCUCCACGGCCCUGGAAGCAGAGUGGGAAUUGAUAGUAGCACUUUACAAAUGGUUCAGAAGUGGAAUUUGAAGCCAUUUUUUAUAAAUGUAUUGCACAAUACUAACAAAGUGCUUCUAUCAAAGGUAUUAAUUGUACAUAGUUUUGCUCUGAAUAGGUUGACCCUUUUAAAGUUACUGUAUAUGGUUGAGCACAAAACUACUUACUCUUGGGUUUUUGGAUUAAGGACGUGAUUCAAUGACCCAUGUAACAUCUUGUUCGAGUUCUUUAGUGAAUUUUUUCACUUGUUUGCAGCGUGAGCCAUGUUCAAAAAUUGUGAACAACAGACAGGGGCUUUAUCCUAAAUUUUGCCUUACCUUAAGCUGUUCACAAAUAUUUAUUUAAUACGUUUUUCAUAAGU